ACCUAGAUCGCUCCACAGACAAAUUCUGCCCUCUUCUUUUCUGCUUUCUCUCCUUUCCACCUGUGCAGCCACUCUGCCCUCCUCUAGUGGCAAAGAACGGAAUUGCAGGAUGUGGGGUGGCUAUUGCUCAGGUCCCAGGGAGAUUUCCUUGUGCAUUCUGUCUCCCAUGCUGGCCAGUUCCCUGCCUGAAGACAACUAGUACAUUUAUCCAAGCACAAUAAAGUGAGCAGCUGCAGGACUUACUCCCCUGGCCUCCGCGUGGAGAGAGGGUUAAACCGGGCUGCUGGAGCCAGAAGGGACACAGCAGGAACACAAAGGCAAGUCAGAGGAGCGGGAUUUCCCCGUGAUGAGUCACUGACCCAAAGGAGUUCCUGCAUCCACCUGUGCCCUGAUCAUUCUGCCGUGAGCAAAGCCAAAAAGCCCAACCCGAGGGGAGUCUCCACUAGCCAGCGGGGCAGUUGGGAUUUGCCUGCUGACCCCCAUCCUCACCAGAGAUGGAUCCCAGGACAUCCCUCUACCUCGUGCUCAUCUUCAUUGCCUGGGGUGCCUGCUCCCAGGAGAACUGUCUCUGCGCCCGCGGCUUUUGUGCCGAAGGCUGGGUGCAGUAUCAAGGCUCCUGCUAUAAGGCUGUGAUGAAACCGACAAACUGGCACGAAGCUGAGGUGGCGUGUCAAAGCUACGGCAAGAAUUCCCAUCUGGCCUCCAUCCACAGCGCAGAGGAAAAUGACUUCAUCUUUCACCUGAUGGGCAAGCCCCUGGAUUACACUAAAGGGCAGGCCUACUGGAUCGGUGCACAUGACACUUUCAAGGAGGGGUCUUUCAUGUGGACGGAUGGUUCCAAAUACAAUUUCCGGACAUUUCCUGCAGGCCAGCCUGAUGGUCUCCCAGGAGAAAACUACCUGGGCUCUUGGACCCUGGAAAACGGCUUCGUCACCUGGAACGACUAUGGCCCCAGCUGGUCUUUCCCGUUCGUUUGCAAAUACACCCUGCGGAACAGCUGCGGGGACCCCUCCUGGUAACAGGACGUGGUGGAAGACGCCGCCUGUAUCCUGCCGAGGAGGCUGCGUCACCUUCCUGUGCUGUAGCUUCACAUCUGGAACCAUUUACUGCUGUGUCCUUAUCCCGUCUUUUGUGACCCGGUUAGAACCGGGCAAAUAACAGGUUUGGGGGUUUGCUGGGAAUUCUGAAAAAUUUGGGGGGCAGGGGAUUCAUUUUAGGACAAAUUGAAAUUUUAUUUAAAAAAUAUUCUGCAAAUGGAGACAUGGUGAUGGUGGGGGGAUUGUUUUGAGUCCAAUGAACAUUUUGUUUUGAUUGUGACCAUUUUAAAACUCUGUUUGUUUUUAAUCAGACUAAAGGCCAUUUCAAAAGGAAAAGUAGUUUCAGACCAAAGACGCUAAAGGUUUAGAUUUUUCUGGGUUGGUUUUUAGUUUUGGCCGAUACACGUCAGUGAAGCCAAAACAAUUCACCAAGUGAUUCGGUUUCACCAAACCUGCAUUUUUCACCAGAAAAGGGGCAGGUCUGAAAAGUGUCACCCGCCUGUAUUCCCCCUCGGUCCCAGGUGGCGUCUCGUGCUGGGAGCCACUUUCCAGUGCGAACCCGCAGCAGGCCGGAGGCCGGGGGAACAAAGGUCACAGUCUGUUUGGACUCCAGAGCCACUGCGCUCUCACUGGCAUGGCAUCAUUCAGCGAUUCUGCUCAUGCAAAUCUGCUUAGAGAGCUCCCUGCUCUGAUCCCUGCUUCUCUUUCUGCCUCCUCUCCCUCCUGCUUUAUACAUGUACCUGCUCAUUCCUACAAAUGUUCUGGGCCAAAACAAAAUGAUCAUUAAAAAGCUGCUCGCCCAGAGAA